UUUCCAAGUAGUUCCUUUCAGCUCAUGAGCUCAAAAAAUGCCUCGUUUGUGUUUAGAGACGCUAAAGCUGGGUCCAGACAAAAUAUGAUGCAACCAGGAGCUGAACCUCUAUAGUGGCAGAGUUUAAGUUGAAAGCUGAAAGAUUUGUUUUGUGUUUGUUUGGGCAGGAUAGGUAGUUAUGAUUGUAUGAGGAAGUUACACAAGAAAUCAGAGAACCUGAACACCAAACAGGAGAAACAACUACUUCUCUCCUCCCCCAAUGGUUCAGAGAACAGUAACAAUUCAGCCACUCAUUCAUAGUAAGUCACAGGUGCACUGCCAGACCUGACGGAGUACAGGAGGAGGAGAGGUAUACCUCAUCAGGGAGAUUAGGAGUCAGAUUUGGGUUGUUUGAUACUAAAAGAGGAAAAACUAUGAGCUACGCUGAUUGGAUGUCGCAACUGCCAGCUGAGCUUCACGCCAUCCCUCUGUUUAAACUGGCCAUACCAGGAAGCCAUGACUCGAUGAGUUAUGACCUGGACAUCGACUCUAGAAUCAUCCACCCCGAGAGACUGAGGAGGUUUAGCAGAAUCUACUGCCUGCGUAAAAUCAUCCACACUUGGGGAGCCACUCAGGAGGUGUGCAUAACCGAGCAGCUGAAUGCCGGAGCUCGUUACUUUGACCUUAGGAUCGCCCGCAAGCCAAACGACACAAAUCCCACCAGGCUUUUCUUUCACCACGGCCUGUACACCCGAACUGAUGUUGAGACUGUACUCAGGGAAAUUAACACCUGGGCAGAGAGUCAUCCUAAAGAAAUCGUCAUCUUGUCUUUAUCCCAUUUUGAGGGGUUUGACAAAAACAUCUCCAAACAACUUCACGACCACCUCAUCACCUUCAUGAAAAAUCUGUUUGGAAACAAACUCCUCCCGCAGAUGACCUCCCCCACCCUGAAGAGCUGCUGGAAUCAAGGCAAAAACAUAAUAGUCUCAUACGACAACGCACAAUUUCAACAGCCUGUGUUAUGGAGAAAAAUAACUUAUUACUAUGGCAACAGCAUGGACCGUGCGGUAAUUACAGCCAAACUCAGUCAGGCUUUGGAAAAGGAGAAAUACUUCCAGUAUUUCUUUGUCUGUGGCUUGAAUCCGACCCUACCACAUAACAGCGGAAUCCUCUGGUACAUCCUUCGCAUCUGUGACAACUUCACCAACGUUGUGCGAAGGGGUCUGCCAAAGUUGCUACGGUGGGUGAACCAGCAAUACGACAAGACGCCAAUGAACAUCGUCGCCUCAGACGUGGUGACUCGAGAUGGCUUCGUCGCAACGAUUGUGAAGCUCAACUUGAAAGGGGCAAAAGGACGAUGAAAACAUGUCUACCUCUUUUAUUGUUUUUUUUUUUGUUAGAGUAAUUUUUAUAUUUAUCAAGAAGACUUGAUAAAUAUAAGUCUUUACAUUUAAAGACUUAUAUUUAAAUAUAAAUAUCUGAUAUUUAUAUUUAAAUAUAAAGUAAGCACUGGAUGCUUUACUUGUUUCUAUGCAUUGUUUUUAUUCUUGAGCGACAUAAAUACAUCAAUCUUUUGCAUAAAUUGGCAUCAAUAUUUAAAUGCAGCAGAUUUAAUGCACAAUUUUCAUGUAAUUUCCAUAAUUAUCUUGAUUUUAUUUCUUUUUUUAAGAAGAGUUAACAGUUCUGAGAAAAUUAAAAACAUUUAUUUUCAGUAUAAACAGUUUACAUGGGAUUUGUUGAUAAUUCCACAGCUUGAAUGUGACAACGCCAGGAAAAAGGAAGGAGAGAAGUAGAGGAAGAGAAGCAAAGAAAGAAGGAACACAGUGAGGUGUGACUCAGAAGAAAGGAGAGAGAAGAAAGUGAGGCAGCAAGCAAAAAACGAAAGGCAUAAAGAAAAGAUGCAUGGAAGGAAGAAAGGCCACAGGGAAUGAAAGAAAAACUUAAAUGAUACAAGAAGGGAAUAGAAGUAGGACAUAAGGAGGAAAAGAAAAAAUGGGCAGAAAGGAGAGUUUAAAAACAGGACGGUCAGAAGGAAGGGAAGAAAUGGCACAAGGUGGGAAAAUUGGUACGUAAGAAAAGCAUGGAAGGAACCACAGAUGGGAGGAAAGCAGGAAGGACAGACACAAAGAAAGAAUGGAGGACGGAAGGAGAAGGAAGAACGGGAGG